AUCCACGGACAAAGUAGCAGGUAUGGUCCAAUACGCCAUCAUUCUACCGCUGUUUGUGAUGGUGGCCAUAGACAUCCGACCAGCAAUGGCGGCCAAUACCAAGAUCGACAUUGAAGCACUCAAACUGAAAGUAUUUGGCACUCCACCACCUAAAAUUACAUCUACGGAAAAACAAAAGUUUUCUGAUGUGUGCUCUACGCCAUCUGGUGGCAGAGGUUGGUGCGCUUUGCGUGGCCAAUGCGAUGAAGAUGUGAUGGAGCUCGUCACUCAUGGCGGUGACGUCAUAGACACUCAACGUAGCAACGUCCAAUGCCCGAUGUACACCCAAGUCUGCUGCCCGUACAAGAUGAAACAGGUAGCUGAUCAUGUCCACAGCUAUACGCUUAUGAAGGAAUAUUCAGACAUGAACCAUUUCAAAGAUGUGUCUGAAGACCAAGAGAUGACCGAAGACCAAGAGGUAACCGAAGACCAAGAGAUGACCGAAGACCAAAAACCCAAGCCCACGUGUGGGAUACGCGGUGAUGAAGAUGGAAAGACGCCUUGGCUGGUGAUCAUAAAAGAUCCUUCAAAAAUUUGGAAAUCCUCCAACGUGUACGAAGGCAGCGUUGGCGGCGGAACCAUCAUACACCCUAGCGUGGUGCUAACCGCCGCGCACACAGUGUAUGCCAGACACGAGCUACAAGUGCUGGCCGGGAGAGCAGACACACAGACACGCGACGUCGACAGCGUGCAAGUGCACGAACACUUCAACAGACUGAAUGCCCACAACGACAUCGCAUUGCUCUUCUUAACGGAGCCCUUGACUAUGUCGCCGGGCGUGCGCGUCGCGUGCCUGCCGCGCGCCGUCACCGUCGCGCCCGCGCGCUGCGUGUCCACCGAGUGGGUACAGAGCCCACAGUCUGGACAUGGGGGCGUUAAAACGGUGGAAGUACCAGUCCUAACUCAUCAGCAAUGCCAAGCCAAGUACCGGAAUAGUCGCCUGGGAAGCUAUUUUAUACUCGACAAAUCUUUCCUGUGUGCUGGUGGAGAACAAGGCAGGGAUGUCUGCUCAGGAGAUGGGGGAUUCCCUCUCAUGUGUCCAGUAGAGAACGGUGACCGUUUCGCAGUGUUCGGCGUAGUGCUGUGGGACAUCGAAUGUGGUCAGCAUGGGAUGCCGACCGCGCACGCGCACGUUGCGACACUGCGCGAUUGGGUCGACCGACACGUCACCGCGAGGGUUCUUGCUACUGACGUUUAUACUUAUUAGCUUAAUA